CCGCACACACUUGCAUCCAAUCAUUAACGCGCACACCUCAAGACAGUCAAGCUAGAUCCACACUUUCUACCCGAACCGCACAAAAAAAAAAAAAAAUGUCACUGGAGGGCAAAGUGGCCGUGGUAACAGGCGCUGCAGCAGGAAUCGGAAAAGCGUUAAGCGAGAUUCUCUUCAAGAAUGGCGCAAAGGUUGUUCUACUGGAUGUGAAUGAAAGCGCAGGAAAGAGUUUGAUGGAAGCUCUCAACAAGGAGAAGGGGCAAGACUCCGCUCUUUUCCUGAGCUGCGACGUCCAAUUGGAGGAGCAGCUGAAAGCUGCUUUCAAGACCACUGCUGACACCUUUGGCGGUAUCGACAUCCUUUGCAACAACGCUGGCAUCCUGAAUGAGGGCGACUGGGAGCUAAUGGUGGCCAUCAACCUUGUGGGCGUGAUCAAGGGGACUUACGCAGCCCUGGAGCACAUGAGCAAGUUGAAAGGUGGCCGAGGAGGAGUCAUUAUCAACACAGCUUCCAUGGCAGGUAUCAAACCUCUGCUGAGCUGCCCAGUCUACAGCGCCACAAAGAGCGGCGUGAUCGGCUUCACCAGAGCCAUGGCGGGCGCCUCCACCAUGGCGGGCUUCGGCAUCCGCUUUAACGCCCUCUGCCCGGCUUUGGUGAAAACUGAGCUGCUGGCGCACUUGACUGAAAAACUGGGCCAAUUCACCAUACUGGAGGAGCCCACCAGGCAACUACUAGACAAGUACGGUGUGUUAAGUCCCUCAGAUGUUGCAGAGUGCCUUCUGGAACUGGUGACAGAUGAGAGCAAGAACGGUGAGGCCUACAUGGUGUGCCCCAUCGGAAACAUGUACGCGACGUUCCCUUCCAUCGAACCGGAGGCCAAAUAGUUUUUCCUCACCCAACUCGUCUGCUUAUUGAAUGUAUUGUAAAAUAUAUCUUGCAUAUAGCUUUCCGCUUCAAUGGAUGUUGAAUUGAUACAGAUGCCAUAUUAAAACUUAACCAGAGAUUGCA